AUGGCGGCAAUGGACAGCGAUGGAUCGAUGGACAGAAAGAUGAAUGGGACUAUGGCCGACACGAAGCUGGGCUCAGAGGAGACAGCACAUUAUGGUUACGAAGGCGGUACCAUCGAACUAGACCGCGCGAAAGAGAAGAAACUGGUCAGGAAACUGGACCUCCAUAUCGUCCCCGUCGUCAUGCUCCUCUACCUCCUCUCCUUCCUCGACCGCGUCAAUAUCGGCAAUGCCCGCCUCUACGGCCUUGAAUCUGACCUCAGCAUGGUCGGAAACCAAUACCUGACCGCCGUGUCUCUCCUCUUCGUCACCUACAUCCUCUCCGAGUUACCCUCUAAUCUCAUCCUAAAGAAAUAUGUCCGUCCCUCUCGAUGGAUUGCGUUCAUUACAACCUCUUGGGGCAUCAUCGCGACGCUCACUGGCAUAACGCAGUCUUAUGCUGGACUGAUCGUCUGUCGCCUACUGUUGGGCUUGGUGGAGGGAGGGCUCUUCCCUGGAGCAGCAAUAUACUUGACGUUCUUCUACACGAAACGAGAACUGGCGCUGAGGAUUGGGUAUCUGUUCGUGUCGGCUGCGCUGGCUGGGGCUUGUGGAGGCUUGCUGGCGUACGGCAUUGGCUUCAUGGAUGGCGUUGCGGGUCUCAGGGGAUGGAGAUGGAUCAUUAUCCUCGAAGGAAUACCGACCGUCGUUCUAGGCAUUGCAUGCUGGUGGAUACUGGCCGAUGACCCGGAGACGGCAUACUACCUCAACGACGAGGAGAAGGAGAUGAUGCUGGCACGAAGAGCUGGACAAACUGGGCAGACGGAUGUGUUUGAGUGGCAGGAUGUGAGGAAGGGAUUAAAAGACUGGAAGAUCUGGGCAUUCUGCGUCGGGCAGUUUUGCCUGGAUACCAUGCUGUAUGGAUACAGCACCUUCUUGCCGACGAUCAUUCAGGGCAUUCGACCAGGCUCCUCUCGGGCGAUUAUACAAGUCCUCACGAUACCGUGCUAUGCCCUUGGCGCGUUGACAUACAUGGCCGCAGCACGAUACAGUGAUCACAAGCAGUCUCGAGGUCCAGUAGCGGUCCUCUCUGCAGCGAUAUCAGUAGUGGGCUAUGCCCUGCUCAUAUCAGACACGAGCUCGGGCGUACACUUCGCUGGCUGCUUUCUGGUAGCGAUGGGACUCUACGUGGCUGUUGGUAUACCUCUUGCAUGGCUGCCGAGUAACAAUCCACGUUACGGCAAGCGCACGACUGCAACAGGACUACAGCUCACAAUCGGUAAUUGCUCCGGUAUCAUGGCACCCUUCCUGUAUCCAGCGGCUGAAGGUCCACGGUAUGUGAAAGGGCAUGCUGUAACGAUGGCGUUAGUGGUGUUAGGUGCUAUCAUUUACGGGUCGAUGUACCUCUUCUUCAAGGCAGAGAAUCGAAAGCGGGCUGCUGGCGCGAGAGAUGAAAAGAUACGAGGGUUGAACGAGGAUGAGAUUCUCGCGCUUGGUGAUGAGAACCCGCGAUUCGAAUUUGCUGCUUAG